UCUCUUCCGAUGCCCAGGCGGGCGCGUCACUUCACCGCCUUCUGGUCGGUCCCUCCGAUCGAUUGUUGUUGUCCUGGGCCAUCAGCAUUUGCUGGUGCUCGGGAAGGCCCGGGACUAUAUGGCCUCGGGUUUCGACGUCUGGGCUUAGUACGUAAAGCAACGAGAUCAACACAUGGGUGUACUGGCAUUUGAAUAUACGAUUACCCUAGGCUACUACAAAUGUGAGCCUUGUCGCUCGCGAUUGUAAUCAUGCGCAUCAAUGGUCUAUACGUUUUGUAUAUGAAUGGUCAAUGAUAUAUAAAAUGCAUUCCACCCCAAUAACAAACCUAUUUCCAAUCCAACCCUACCAAAA